GAGGGGCCUCACUUGGACCUCGCGACUAGUACGGUACCCAUUGCCAACAGCCUGGAGCACUCGAAACGAUGACCCUCACUCCAAUCACGAUAGCGUUCUUCUAUGAGACAAUCUCGCUGUACCUAAGCAAAGGCUACAGCCUGGAGGAGUGCCUGGAAUUGGAUAAAGAUGAGGCGAUCGACAGCAUGAUCGAGUCGCUCCGCGGACUGGGAUAUCGAGUGGUUCCGGUGGGGGACAUGGACGAGUUGAUCCAGCGCAUUGCGAAGGGGGAGCAUCGGGGAUGGGACUUAGGGUUCUCUAUCUCGGAGGGGAUGCACGGCGCCGCUCGCGAGGCCCAAAUCCCCGGCGUGCUCGAAGCAUACCGCAUUCCCUGCGUCUUUUCCGAUGCUGCAACCCUGACCAUGACACUCGACAAAGCGAAGACCAAGAUGCUGUUCCAAUACUACAACAUCGCCACCGCGCCGUUUGCCGUCGUCUCGCCAACGUCCCAGAAUGCCCUGGAAGAUGUGCAAGCAAGCCCUCACGCAGUCGACCUGACCGCAUAUCCGUUGUUCAUCAAGCCGUCCUGUGAAGGAAGCUCAAAGGGCAUUUAUCCGUUCUCCAAGGUCCACAGUCAAACGGAGCUCGAACAAGGGGUACAAAAGCUGCAACGUCAGUUUCCCGGGCAGAGUAUACUAAUCGAAAGCUAUCUUGCUGGCCGUGAGUACUCGGUGAGUCUGAUCGGCACCGGCCCGACCGCACGCGUGCUUGGGACCUUGCAUCUGGACUGGGAGGCCGCGCAGAAACGCCACGGGACACAAUCCGAGAGUGAGAAGGAUCCGUUCACAAGAGGAUUCCUGGACGUCGAUGCCAAGAACCGAGCGAACGAUAAAGAUGUGAUGAAGUUUGCGAUCGACUCGCGGGACCCGGAGGUAGCGGCGGUGGAGGCGCUCGCCUUGCGGGUGUGGAGAUUCAUGGGCUUUCGCGACGUCGGACGUGUGGAUAUUCGGUGCUCAGCCGAUGGGAAACCACAUGUUAUCGAGGUCAACCCUUUGCCUGGAUUGUGUCCAGGGUAUUCUUUCCUUAGCGAGACGGCUCGCCACCAUGGUGUAUCGCACCAGGAACUUCUUGCUCUGGUAAUUGAGAGUGCAGUAGGAAGAUACCCACAUCUCGCGCAAAAGUCAUUGGAGCUGAAACAAGGAGGUUUCAAGUCCAAAGCACAGUGAGCAGACAGUACUGUUUCCUAUGGAUGCAACCGCGACGGGGUCUUGGUCUGGGUCACGGAAAGCACGAGUGUUUGCGAAGGCGAUGGCUUCUCGCUCUGAGGUUCCAUUGGCAGUCCAAGACGAAAAAGACCACAGUACUAGUAGUAUACUUUACCGCAGGUUGUUGAAGGAGCUAUACGAGAACCAGGUUCUUUCGAAGAGGACUUCAGGCUUAGUCAUAGUUCAAGGCUUGAAAGAGUCAAGACUGCGUUCAGUAAACUCGAGGGUCAAACAGUAUUUUGUGAAUGAAUAAGAGUGCAUUUUUUGAACAAAGGGUAGAG